GCAGCCCAGCCGCAGGGAAACUUGUUGCGGGCUCUUUCGAAGGCGCCAUGGUGCCAAUGUCCCGCAAAGAGCGGCUGCGGCAACGACGGGCCAGGCAGGCGGAGGAAGAUCCGGCCGCGAAAAAACGGCCCAAAAAGCGCACUGCGACGACGGCGCCCGACCCGUUUCCUGCGGAGCCUGCGGAGCCUGCGGAGCCUGCGGAGCCUGCGGAGCCUGCGGAGGGCCCCAAUGAAGCCGAUGAAAUGUCGGCCUCCGCCUUUUUGGCCGCGGUGAAGGGCCGGCUCAUGGAGUGGGGCAAGGUGGAGCAAUAUCAUCGUUUCGUGGUGGCGCUCUCGGGCACUGUGGAUGUGAAGUUGGCCGUGAAGAUCUUGCGCGGCCACGAGGAUCUGCUGCAGAUAUUCCAGCGGAAGUUCGCGCCGCAGGCAGAUUUGCGGAGCACCAAGAGGGAGAUCAAGGAGCAAGAGGAGCAAGAGGAGCAGCAGGCGGCACGGGCACGGCGGCGUGUUGCGCCCGUUGCGCCCCGGCCUCCGCCCUUUCCACCCCCACGAGCGGAGAUGGCGCAGCCGGUGGGGGCAGGCGAGGAAGAAGAUCUGCCGAGACCGCCAGCCUUUCCUCCAGGGCACGAAAGCGAGGAGGAUGGUCUGGAUUCAUCUUCACUGGCUGCAGCGAUCGAAGGAGGGCCCCAGGAAUGUGUGAGACAACUGGUGCAGCUUCUGUUCGAUCGCGGCGCCGAGUCGGACACGGAGCGUGUCGCUGUGUCACGCUAUGCGCUGAAAGUGGUGUCCAAGCCUCGGUUCCCUCGAGAGUUGUACAUCUUGCGGGGGGCUCCGGGCAUCGGAAAGAGCGACUUUGCGCAGGAGCGCCUGGCCGAGCUGCGCCGGUUGGAACCCAGCGAGGAGUCGGCGGCACGGCUGAGCCACAUCUGCGCGGCGUCGGAUUUCCUGAGCGCCGACUAUCAAGGCGAGGAGUACCAGUUCGAGAAGGCCAUGAAGAACAACGAGAUGAGAGCCUUACUCUCCAUGGAAGCUGGGAUCCAUCCGGUGUUCAUCGACUGCCCCAAUCUUCGGCUCUGGGACGCUGGGUGCUUCGUUCGUAGCGCUGGCAAGUUGCCAAGUAGAACAGAGAAAUGAAGCCGUAUGUUCUACUGGCCGAGCGUUUGGGCUACGUGAUCCAUGUCAUUGAACCCUGGGAGAUCUGCGCAAAGCACGACGAUCUCCCCUUUCUCUGCUCCCUGCACGACGACGACGAGCAGCGCGCGCCGGCCACACUGCUGCAGGCUAUGCUGCGGCGCUUUCAGCCGCUGCCAGCGGCAGCGGAACCCACGGAGGCCAUCCGUCGAGCUAGCAGCAGUGGAGCGAGACAUUUCUUGCGAUAAACAAA